AUGAAGCCAAGUUUGUUGAAUCGUCAUGGGAAAGGGAGAAAAUCAUCGAUUUUCAGCGACCUUCUUUGGGAAAUUGCCAAUUUUGGAGGUCGGUGGCAAGCCGAUUUCCCAGUCUGCGGCCAUCUCCAGGUACCUGGCCAACAAGUUCGGCUACGCCGGGAAGACCGACGAGGACAAGGCGUUGGCUGACGCCUUCGCCGACCAGUUCAAGGACUUCAUUCAGAUCAUUCGACCAUACUUUUCCGCCAUUCGCACUGGCAAGCCUCAGGAAGACAUUGUAAGUAAUAAUAUCAAGAUCAGCAUUUUUUUCUUAUUUUUUUUCUUCUUCUUUGGAGCUCCAUAGUGCUCCCUAUAGGGGCAAUCUUAGGAACCACUUCACCAACAAAAAAGUGAUACCUGUAGGGGACACGCUAGUCGGUGAUUUUUAUAAACUCUAUGCGACGAAGCAUUUCCAAAACUAAAAAAAUUAACCCUUUUUGAAAAAAAUCGAAACACCCCUAUAGGGACCACUCAAGCUUUGGGGGCUAAGGGAUCAGACCCUAAACCCCUAUAGAGAUCACCUUGAUUUUGCUCCUGUAGGGUUAACUUUUUCGGCCCCUAAAGAGCUGUUUUACCCUUGAUUGCAAGCGAGAGAGUAUGCGGAACCUAGAAGGGCAGAAUUUUGUUUCUCCGGCUUUUCUUCAAACUUUAUAUAGUCCUUUUCCACGGCUGGAAAGGGCGUGACUUCUCUGCGCCCUCCUCGUCUCUCGGCGACCCUCUCAUGUUGACAGGCUUUUUUCAUCUUUCUCUGAACUGUCGAGGGAACAGAGAGAUCCAGACACUCGAAAACUUUCAAGCCGCGAUGAAAGAGAAGUAACAUCUUCCCACAUCCAAAAAUUGUUUGAGCCGUAACUUUUAUAUUUUGAAACACUUGGAAUUUCACCGAACGACAUUCCGCUGUGUCGCUGCGCGCCUUUGCGAACCUUGGUCGCGCUUUUAAUUUUUUCUUUUCUUUUAUUGAGGUACUUUACUUUCAUGUGAUCCCAGAGCAAUAACAAUCAAUUAAAAGCGUGACCUCUAUUCGAAAGACGCUUCGCGAACGCACGCAGCGGAACAGCGGAAUGUCGUUCGGUGAAAUUUCAAGUCGUGGCACACAGACUCUACCUUAACGGCACUUUCAUUUUUACUUUCUUUUUUCUCUUUUCUAUAAUCCCGAUUAGAGAGAAGAAACGCAGACAUGUCAGACGGGUUAAAAUCAUUGAGAAUGAAGUAAAUUAAGAUAAUCAGAUGAAUUUUUUUGCAGGACGCAGCUAUGAAGGAUAUCGUCCUUCCGGCCUACGAAGAGUUCUUUAAUUUAAUAACCGAGCACCUGAAGAAGAGCUCUUCUGGAUUCCUGCUCGACUGCGGCCUCACUUAUCCCGACCUGACUUUGGCUGAAUUGACCGGUUGGGCUCAACAAUGGAACGCUAUCGAUCCAAAGUUCACCGAGGUUUGAAAUCCCGUAUAUCAUUCAUCAUCUCCUUUCGUCCUUUUCCAGGUUCUCGAACACCAGAAGAAGGUUCACUCGAUUCCGCAGAUCAAAAAAUGGAUCGAGAAACGCCCAGUAUCUGAAUAUUGA